GCCAAUCAUAGCAUAGGAGGGAGGGGGCGUGAGGAGCUUUAAAUUCCAAACGUGGCAUGGAGAGAUCCAGCACAGAGCUACAGAAGCACUGACAAUCCUGAGAUCAGCCCAGAGAAGUAAGCAGUUUGCACAAUGUUCCCCCUCGUGGUACUGUUGGUUUUGGGAUGUCUCAGCCAGGAAGCCUGGUCCUGUUCAUGUGGCAUCAGACACCCCCAGUCUGUGUACUGUGACUCUGCUAUCGUGAUCCGGGCAAAGUUUGUUGGGCAGAAAGUCAUUGAAAAGGACCACAGAGUUCAUAUUCAGAUUAAGACUACAAAGAUUUUCAAGGCCCCUGAAGGAUAUGAAGACAUCCAGGACCUGUACACCGCCGUCUCUGAGAGUAUGUGUGGUUAUCAGCACACUUCAACUAACAAGAGCGAAGAAUUUAUCAUUGCUGGACAUUUUGUGGACAACAAUGUGUUCAUUAACUCUUGCAGCUUCAUAGCACCAUGGGCUUCCAUGACUUACUGCCAGAAGAGGGGAUUUAUGAAUGUAUAUGCCAAGAACUGUGACUGCAAGAUCAAGCAGUGCUCCGUUCCGCCAUGUGAGAUAGAUGAUGACCGCCAGUGUCUUUGGACAGACCACCUGACCAGACAGAAGCGCGCCUACUCCGGACACCAGGCUGCCAAAUUGGCCUGCGUCAGCAACGGCAAUGGCCUGUGCGUUUGGGACUCACUUAAGUCCCGCCUCUAUUCUCAAUCUACCAAACCUGCUAUUAAUUAAGGUCUGGUAUGACCUCAGCACACACUUUGCCACUCCAGAUCCUCGCUAAGGCACUGUCACCGGACCUGAGGUCUCUGCAGCUCACUGGACACAUUAAUCAGCAGGGGGCGCCUCUGGAGGAAUAGAAGGAUAAAUUAAAAUCAAACUAUUUUGUGUCUUCUGCUAAGAGUGAGCUUUGUUCACAAGCUAUUUUAAAUGUACUGUUAGAUCCAGGGGCAGAUGCUUUUCUAGAUGUGCUAUAAAUGCUUUUUAUAUGUAUUUGAUUUUUUUUGUUUGAAUAAAUAUUUUUAGAUUUG